UGUGGCAGGACGGUUCAGAUUUCUCCAGACAGCACUUUGGGGAAGGAUUGGAUAAAGGAUGAAACCGCUUAUUCUACAGCUUGAAUGCGGUGGCUGGGCUUACCUGCCUCUCUGAGGUCAUAGGAAACCCCGCCAUCACCUUGAUACUGCUUUUUGGACAUCAUGAGGCAAGAAUAGUAAUCUUUCCCCCCGUUUUCACAAUGGAGGACUCAGGAAAGACUUUCGGCUCCGAGGAGGAAGAAGCUAACUAUUGGAAAGACCUGGCUAUGACCUACAAGCAGAGGGCAGAGAACACGCAAGAGGAACUCCGAGAAUUCCAGGAGGGAAGCCGAGAAUAUGAAGCUGAAUUGGAGACGCAGCUGCAACAAAUUGAAACCAGGAACAGGGACCUGCUGUCAGAAAACAGCCGCCUUCGAAUGGAGCUGGAAACCAUCAAGGAGAAGUUUGAAACGCAGCAUUCUGAAGGCUACCGGCAGAUCUCAGCCUUAGAGGAUGACCUUGCCCAGACAAAAGCCAUUAAAGAUCAACUUCAGAAAUACAUCAGAGAGCUGGAGCAAGCCAAUGACGACCUGGAAAGAGCCAAACGGGCUACGAUCAUGUCUCUUGAGGACUUUGAACAGCGCUUGAAUCAAGCCAUUGAAAGAAAUGCCUUCCUGGAGAGCGAACUGGACGAGAAGGAGAAUCUCCUAGAAUCUGUUCAGCGACUGAAGGAUGAAGCCAGAGAUUUGCGGCAAGAAUUGGCUGUGCAGCAAAAGCAGGAGAAACCCAGGACCCCUAUGCCCAGCUCUGUGGAAGCUGAAAGGACAGACACAGCUGUACAGGCCACUGGUUCCGUGCCAUCCACCCCCAUAGCUCAUCGAGGACCCAGCUCUAGCUUAAACACACCUGGGACGUUCAGACGUGGUCUGGACGACUCCACUGGGGGGACCCCCCUCACGCCGGCGGCCCGGAUAUCUGCUCUCAACAUUGUGGGAGACCUACUGCGGAAAGUGGGGGCUCUGGAGUCCAAACUUGCUUCCUGCCGGAACUUCGUGUAUGAUCAGUCCCCAAACCGACCCAGUGGCCCAGCCUCAGGGUGGGGGAGCAAGAACAGAGACGGAGGCGACAGACGGCCAGGCAGCACCAGCGUGCCUCUGGGUGACAAAGGGAUGUCUAAGAAGAAAGCAAGUAUUUUGCAACAAAAACGACCCGCUUCGCCACACAAAGGCUGGACAGAAAAGCCACGAGGGUGAGCCCAUCCCAGUGAACCCAGCCCGUCAGUUCUUUAGUCAAAGGGGGCAACUCAGGUAAGACAGGAAGCAUAAGCAAGGCCCAGAGAUUUCCUGAUCGUUGACAUGGGGCUUCCCACCACGAGCCUUCUGGGGUCCAAGGGUGGGAGGAACCUGGGAUGGUAAAACCCACUGGGGACGGUGGAUGGUACUUCCCAAGGGGCAGCGAUCAGGAAUAAAUACUUAGUAGCUACUGCCGACUAAAGACCUGGGUCAGCCUCACUCCCAUCAGAGGGAAGCUUCUAGGCCUCCAGCUCCUUUUAUUUAUUUAUUUAUUUUUAGCUGCACCUCAAAUGCAGAACUUCCCCAACCAGGGAUUGAACUUGUGCCCCCUGCAGUGGAAGCACAGAAUCCUAACCACUGGACCGCCAGGGAAGUCCUCCAGCUCCUGUGGAACUAACUUUCUAUCACUCAGUCUCUAGAGGUUCUUUGAAAGUCUUCCUUCUUUAGCACUGUGUUCUCAACUCGGGACAGAGUAGGGUCCCGGCGUGCAGGGCUCAGCAGCCAUCCACACAGCUCUCCUCCAUGUCUAACCCUCCAGGUUCAAAACUGGAUGGGAUGGCCUGCAGCUGGAAACAGUGGCUCGGGCUCCCUUUGUCUCUCCAAAGAGUCUGCAUUUGCUAACUAGAGGAGUUUAACUGAUCAAUGUGCUCCCUUGAUCUAAGAAGUAAAUCAAUCGCGCCUGGGUCCCUGUAAACCCCCUGCGUGGGCACCAGUCCUGAAGCCGGUCUGUUCUGGUUCAGGGGCCUUUCUUGAAGGAACUGGCUUCAAAUCCUAGGCAAAGAUUGGCACUGGCUAUAUCUGUCACAGGAAGUAAAGGACCCCUCUAAAUUUUUCUUAAAGGCUCUGAUCCUGGAGAAUUUGGAUUCUAUUCAUGAACUCAGAAACGUAUCUAAGGUACUCUUGGCAUCCCAGGGAUCGGCACAAGAGCGUGAGCACCUGCUGCUUUGCAAGGACUCAGUUUCCAUCAAUGGGUGGGUCCUACACCCCAGCCAGCCCUAGACUCCAGCUUAUCCCGUGAUCGGGAUGUGCUGGCAGAAAAACUGCUCAAAAGCCAUGUCUUAGAGGCGUGAUGCUCCUGCCUAAAACUCCUGCCAAGACCUCAUCCAGCUUUAAGUAUUUGGGUAGUGACAGCAAGGCGGGAUUCUCCAAGAGAGAAGACAGACACAAGGCAGAGCUGGCUGGGCCUCUCAAGGAGGAUGAGGCGAAAGCCAGGCCCCAGGUGCCUCACUUCGUGUGUGAGGACGUUGUUAGGAUCCCAGAGAAGUCGAGGCCUCUCAACCCUGUCUUGUGAAGGCCCCGUUCGCUCCCUGAGUCUUGGGUGUCCAUCCCUGGUCUGUGAACAUGUGCCCGUGAGACCUCCAGUAAAGGCUCCUCCUGGACUGCGCCUGGCCCUGUGGUGGCCGGUGUGGCCCUCGUGCACUGAAGAUGCAGUAGCAGCUGGCCCUCGCUGAAGCCCCACGCAACCCCAGUGAGACAUCGGGGUGAGAGCUCGUUUCCCUCGCACACGUGUGUGGAAACCCCACCUUGGGAGGCACAUUGCUGGGCUGCGCCCACCGUGACCCUGUGCUUUGCUAAUUCUGACUUGUGAGCCAGACCAGCCGGAUGGAAGCCAUUCUCCAGGAUGGUACCCAGACAGUGGAGCUGGCACAUCUGCUCAGCGUGGUGUCUGAGCCAGACAAGGGAGUAUGGCACAGCCAUGGCCUCAUCGUUACAAGGGGCCUGUCACACAGGUAAGAGCCAUCCAAGCCACACGCAGCCUCUAAACUCUCAGCACACGGCGACAGGCCACAUCGGUGUCACGUCACACGCCAAAGCGGGAGGGAGGAAGGAAGGAAGGAAAAUGGGUAGAGAUGAGGUCUUCUUGUGUCGAUGUUGGUUUUGAUGAAAGACAGUUUUGAACUAAGAUAUCUAAGCCUUCAGAUUUUGUAGGAAUCCCAGGAAUUUGCAAGGGCCACAAAAGGGG